UGAAAAGAUAAAUUUGUAUCAGACACACACAAAUAGAUAUAUAGCAAUUGAUCAAACAAAAAAAAAACAAGAAUCACAAAGUCUUUCUUAUUCAACUAAGGUCAAAAUGCUACAAAAGAGAUGUAACAUUUGAAAAAUCUCCAACCAUCCUUGUCUUCAUCACAAAUCACAAAUGGAGCUCCAAAAAUCAACCAUGAAAAUGGAAAUGAAAGAGAAUUAAAGAGAGAAACCAUGGAAGUAAGAAAAAAAGAAUACACAAAUAAUUAUAUAAAUCUACAGCAAAUUUAAGUAAAAGUUUUGAAUCAAUGACCGCUAGCUAUCUUAAACAAGGAUCGCAAGUCCUCCGAACAAAGCUAGCAUGGCCAUGCUACUUCCACUCAUGAAGCCUCCUGAGCCAGGAGUUGAGGGCGCCGGUGUCUCUCCCGAAGAAGGCCCUGGGGAUGGAGGAGGGCUCAUUGAAGGCCCUGGGGAUGGAGGAGGGCUCAUUGGUGGCAUUGGCAUAGCGGGUGCAGGUGGGGAACUUAUGGAGGGGCUAGGGGUCAUGGUUGGAGGGGACAUGGUUGGUGUCAUCGUUGGUGGUGUCAUCAUCAUUGGUGGUGGUGUCAUCGUAGGUGGUGGUGUCAUCGUAGGUGGUGGUGACAUGGUGGGGGGUACAGCACUUGUCGACGGGGGCAUUGUAGUUGGAGGCGGUGCAGCCAUGGGUGGUGGGCUCGCGGCCAUUGGAGGUGGCGUUGCAGUGGCGGUGGGAGGCAUGGGGGUGGCUGUUGGUGCAUAUGUGGGAGAUUGAGCAAGUGAUGAUGAUGCCACGAGAGCGAGUGACAAGGUUACCGCAAGCAUGGCACGUGUGAGAGCCAUGACUCAGUGAGUCUGAAAAGUGAGGAAUUCACAGAGAAUGGGGGAGAGAGGGAGGUGUUUUAUGAGGAAGAGGUGAAAGUGUGGUUGAGGCCGAUAUAUAGAGGGAAGGAGAGUACAGUGUGGACAAUUAUCUUGCUAUCCUUACCUCUGAGUGCAUGGAAAUUUUGUGCCAUCAAGCAUAUGGGCUGACACGUGUGAUAAGAAAACUGGCAAAUUUUGUGGUUUAGCACUUUUAUAUUGUUUUGAUAUUUUAAGAACGAAUACAAGAAAGUAAUGUACAUUCAUAAUUGAAAAAGUCAACCACAACUAAAUUUCAAACUUGUUAUAGAACUGUUUUUUUGUCAUAAAAUCCUAAGAUUUUUUGUUCUAUAAUCUUUGCAAAAAAGUGUUAUAAUAAAACUUUUUUGUGUUUUGA